CACUCCCUCAAGUUUCUUCCCAUAGGCUAGCCUAUUCUCUCGGGCCGCAAUCACACACUAUUGGCCGGGUCAGGUGACAGGCUUUGGGGAAGCUGGCCAGCCUCGUUCUCGCUUUCCAUCAUUUAACACGCCAUCGCCAACCGGGAGUGCACGGGAACAGGAUAGAGCAUCGGAUUUAUCGGAAUAUUUUCCAGAUAUUGGACAAAACUGAUUUAGGGUCAACGGCAUGGGCGAGCGAACGGCAUUUCUGCUGUUAUGGGUUGCGACCUUGACGCUGGCAUCUGAGGUGCCUUCUGAUGACUCAGUGGGUCUGCUGGCAGAGCCCCAGGUAGCCAUGUUCUGUGGGAAAUUCAACAUGCAUGUCAACGUUCAGAGUGGCAAGUGGGAGUCGGAUCCCUUCGGCACCAAGAGCUGCAUCGGAACCAAGGAGGGCAUCCUGCAGUACUGUCAGGAGGUGUACCCUGAGCUCCAGAUCACUAACGUGGUGGAGGCCAACCAGCCAGUCAGCAUUCAGAGCUGGUGCAAGAAGGGACGCAAGAAGGGACGCAAGGAGUGUAGCAGUCACACACACAUCGUGGUGCCCUACCGCUGCCUGGUUGGAGAGUUUGUGAGUGAUGCCCUGCUGGUUCCUGAUAAGUGCAAGUUCCUGCAUCAGGAGAGAAUGGACAUGUGUGAGAGCCACCUGCACUGGCACACCGUGGCUAAAGAGUCCUGCGGAGACCGCACCAUGAAUCUCCAUGACUACGGGAUGCUGUUGCCAUGCGGCAUCGACCGUUUCCGAGGGGUGGAGUUUGUGUGUUGCCCAGCGGAGACACAGCGCGAGUCAGACAGUGUGGAGCUGACUGAGUCUGAUGUGUGGUGGGGUGGAGAUGAGACUGAAUAUACCGAUAACAGCAUGCCUCGCCAGGCGGAUCAGGGGGCUGUCACCACUGAGGAGGAUGACGAAGAGGAUGCCUUUGACAGAGACGAGGACGGAGAUGGUCUUGAGGAUGAUGAUGAUGAAGACGAUGAGGAUGACGUGACCGAUGAACGGGACAGUGGUGAAGGCACCUCCAACAUCGCCAUGACAACCACCACCACGACCACCACUGAGUCGGUUGAGGAAGUCGUCAGAGAGGUGUGUUGGGCGCGUGCUGAGUCGGGCCCGUGCCAUGCCAUUCUGGAGCGUUGGUACUUCGUGCCAGAGAAGGGCACCUGUGCCCCCUUCCUCUUUGGAGGGUGUGGGGGCAACCGGAAUAACUUUGACUCAGAGGAGUACUGUCUGUCUGUCUGCAGCACCAGUGUGUUGCCCACCACGGCCCCCUCCCCCCCUGGCGCGGUGGACCGUUACCUGGAGUCUCCCGGAGACGACAGCGAACACGCCAACUUCCAGCAGGCCAAGGAGAGUCUGGAGGCCAAGCACCGCGAGAGGAUGUCUCAGGUGAUGAGAGAGUGGGAGGAAGCAGAGAGACAAGCCAAGAGUCUCCCUCGCGCUGACAAGAAGGCAGUCAUCCAGCACUUCCAGGAGAAGGUGGAGGCCCUGGAGCAGGAGGCAGCAGGAGAGAGGCAGCAGCUGGUGGAGACCCACAUGGCCCGGGUGGAGGCCCUGCUCAACAGCCGCCGCCACAUGGCCCUGGAGAACUACCUCGGCUCUCUGCAGGCCAACCCACCCAGGCCUCGUCAGGUGCUUGGCCUGUUGAAGAAGUAUGUCCGUGCAGAACAGAAGGACAGACAACACACCCUGAAACACUACGAACACGUCCGCAUGGUGGACCCCAAAAAGGCUGCUCAGAUCCGACCCCAGGUGAUGACCCACCUGCGUGUGAUUGACGAGAGGAUGAACCAAUCCCUGGGGCUGCUCUACAAGGUGCCCAGCGUGGCCAAGGAAAUCCAAGACCAAGUUUCUGUCCUGAUGCGGAGGGUUCAGUCAGAGCUGUCUCAGCAAGUCUCAUCUCUGCAGAGCGAUGGGAGGAGCGAUGGCAGGGUGAGCUAUGGAAACGAUGCCCUGAUGCCCGACCAGGCUUACAGCUCUGCCCCUCUGGACCCUGGCAUGGGCCUGGAUCGACUGGGCUUCAUCCACCCAGAGAGCUUCAAUCAGCCCAACACUGACAACAACGUUGAUCCUGUUGAUGCUCGUCCAGUCCCAGAUAGAGGUCUGCCCACUCGGCCUGUGUCUGCUCUGAAGCCUGAGGAGUUUCCUGAGGUGCGGGUGGAGAAGGAGGAGCGACAAAGCGCCAGCUAUGAAGUGCAUCAUCAAAAACUGGUGUUCUUUGCUGAGGAUGUAGGCUCCAACAAGGGUGCCAUCAUCGGCCUGAUGGUGGGCGGGGUUGUCAUAGCGACAGUCAUCAUCAUCUCUCUGAUUAUGCUGAGGAAGAAGCAGUAUACCUCCAUCCACCACGGAAUCAUCGAGGUGGAUGCUGCAGUGACCCCAGAGGAGCGUCACCUGUCCAAGAUGCAGCAGAAUGGCUAUGAGAACCCCACCUACAAGUUCUUCGAACAGAUGCAGAACUAAGGAGCUACCCUUUGACCCCUCCCAGACCCUGAACUUCCUUUAACCCCUCACACCUAGGGCCCGUUCCAUUUUGGUCCAUAAACCCCUCACACCUAGGGCCCGUUCCAUUUUGGUCCAUAAACCCCUCGCACCUAGGGCCCGUUCCAUUUUGGUCCAUAAACCCCUCGCACUUAGGGCCCGUUCCAUUUCGGUCCAUAAACCCCUCGCACCUAGGGCCCGUUCCAUUUUGGUCCAUAAACCCCUCGCACCUAGGGCCCGUUCCAUUUUGGUCCAUAAACCCCUCACACCUAGGGCCCGUUCCAUUUUAGUCCAUAAACCCCUCGCACCUAGGGCCCGUUCCAUUUUGGUCCAUAAACCCCUCACACCUAGGGCCCGUUCCAUUUUAGUCCAUAAACCCCUCGCACCUAGGGCCCGUUCCAUUUUGGUCCAUAAACCCCUCGCACUUAGGGCCCGUUCCAUUUCGGUACAUAAACCCCUCGCACCUAGGGCCCGUUCCAUUUUGGUCCAUAAACCCCUCGCACCUAGGGCCGUUCCAUUUUAGUCCAUAAACCCCUCGCACCUAGGGCCCGUUCCAUUUUGGUCCAUAAACCCCUCGCACCUAGGGCCCGUUCCAUUUUGGUCCAUAAACCCCUCACACCUAGGGCCCGUUCCAUUUUGGUCCAUAAACCCCUCACACCUAGGGCCCGUUCCAUUUUGGUCCAUAAACCCCUCACACCUAGGGCCCGUUCCAUUUUGGUCCAUAAACCCCUCACACCUAGGGCCCGUUCCAUUUUGUUCCAUAAACCCUUCUAACUCCUACUCUAUUGCUGUCAAUGGAUCUGAAAGGACUGAGUAGGUGAAACCAGUAUGACUGAAGUGCCAGAAAAAUCUAGAAUGAAUUGGGUUUGAAAUAGUUAUAUUACUUCCAGCUAUCCAGGGGUAGUGCCAAAGAGCUGGGGGCUGAAAUACAACCUAGCCACACUUCAUCCUUUCCUCGUAAAGUGCAGCACAUCAACAUUCAUAGCUACUAUUGGUCAGACAAGGAUAUCCUCAUUCACCUGCAUAUUUUUCUAUAAUAUCCUGUAGUGUUUGUACAGAACAGAGAAGCUCAUUGAUUGAUUCAUCUGUCCGUCUAUCUGGGGGUGAGUCCUCCCCCUCAGGAUAGCACUCGCAGGUCUAAGAGGGUGAAACAGAGGCCCCAAAUAUCCCUGCAAUCUUCCUGCCUCUUCCUCACUCACUCUGACGCACUCUCCCCUCCCCCUCCAUCUCUCCCACGCACUCUUCUCCCCUCCCUCUCUCUCAGAUGACAGCUGUGCUGUGUUUAGUGAUGACAUAACAGCUCUUAACACUAGCGAAGGGAGGAGGGGCUCAGUCUGCCCUGAGCUCCUCUCUGUGGGAUUAUACCACAAGGGAGGAGGGGCUCAGUCUGCCCUGAGCUCCUCUCUGUGGGAUUAUACCACAAGGGAGGAGGGGCUCAGUCUGCCCUGAGCUCCUCUCUGUGGGAUUAUACCACAAGGGACGAGGUUGCUCAGUCUGCCCUGAGCUCCUCUCUGUGGGAUUAUACCACAAGGGAGGAGGGGCUCAGUCUGCCCUGAGCUCCUCUCUGUGGGAUUAUACCACAAGGGAGGAGGGGCUCAGUCUGCCCUGAGCUCCUCUCUGUGGGAUUAUACCACAAGGGAGGAGGGGCUCAGUCUGCCCUGAGCUCCUCUCUGUGGGAUUAUACCACAAGCGUUUCAGGUUUUUUUUCCAGAAAAAUGUAUAAAAAAACAAAAAUAUAUAACUAAUACAUGAGAAAUAUGUAAAAGGCAAAGAAAUAUUGAAUGUUUUUAUUUUGUGCGUAAUGUAUUGAAAUAAGGCAGAAAAAAACUAGCUGUAACUAUAUGUAGUGCAUGGUGAUAUUGAUGCCAGAUAUACGUAGAGAAGCUGGCUCCUGUCGCAGUACUGGGCCUCUCAUAUAGACUUUUAGCAGGAUUGUACAUUUUCUGUGUCUUCUUUGUGAUCUUGUGAUAUGAAGAAGAGAGAAAAAAAAAAGUAUUUAGAAUCUGGUCCGCUUUGUCACUGCGACAAUCUUUAAACAGAACCUGUGCUCUCCUUUGUUUCCAGCCCCUUCCUCGCUCUGUGUUACCUACAUGGACCCAAUUAUCUCUAUCUACAUGUAGCUAAUAUAAUGACGUGUAAUAGUAUCUGAAAGGAAGUCGAUCUGUUUCAUUUAGUCUGGGUGUUACUGGUGUUACUGCUCUGUUUGUUGGUUUAUGUCCCUUAAAUAUUCCACGACUAGGAAUUGUUUCAGCUCCAUUCAUCAUUCCAGAAAUCUCAGCAUUCCACCCGAUCUUUCCUCAUUCCUAUAUAGUCUGUGAACAUCAUUAAUGGAAACAGAAAUCAUUAUUAUGUUUUCUUUCUCAGGCUUUCAGGCUCUUUUUCGAUCUCUCCUUUCCUCUGUCUAUCCCAUAGACCUCAACCCCCACAACCAGCCCUGCUUCUCUAUCCAUGCUGUCGGCUUGGUGUGUGAACUAUGUUGAAUUGAGAGAGAGAGGGGGGGGAUUGGGUGUGUCAGAUUUGUACAUUCUAAUCUAUUGUCUUUCUGAUCAUCAAACACUUAUUCCCUCCACAAUGUCUCACACAGAACAUACACUAUUUUUCCAUGACAUAGACUGACCAGGUGAAAGCUAUGAUCCCUUAUUGAUGUACAUGUAUCAAACAACCAAGGAAAGAUAAGAAAAACUGUUCCUUGUUCUGUGGUGGGAAUCCCCCUCUUGCUUGUUUUGUCAAAUCUCUCAUGUCUCAGACAUCCUGGCUUUAAAAGCAGAGGCUAAAGAAAUACUGAUCUCGGGACAAUGUGCGUGAGGCAAAAUACAGGGACACUGUUCAGAAAGGAGCAACUGCACAGGACUUUCAGAUAUAAAUGUGUUAUGUGGAACAGAUGUCAUUAUGUCAGGUAGUUUUGUGUUACAUUCUGAAUGUUUCACCGAGCUGAACGCACCCCAGAUCUGGGAUCAGUAUUGCGGCCGUAGUAGACGAGACAUUCCCCAUACCCAAAAUGGAGCCUCCAAUAGACAUGAAUGUGACAUUCAUAUUGUGCAAUUAUGCCACAGAUCUACAUACUACUACACUCCCUCCCUACACACAAACUGAAGCUCUUAAAUCAGGUAAAUGUUUUGGUGUUAUCAAGGAUACUUGUACAGGGUAUCUCCAGGGGUUAGUGGUUUCAUUUGUUCAUUCUGUGACUUUUUCUGUGUACCUAUACAAAUAAUUUGCUUAGACUGAGAAUGCUUUCUACACUAUCCCAUCAAUAAAAUGUUGAAUGUA